GGACAACUCUGCGCCCGCUCGCUGGUCGCUGUAUUCGUCCGCCGCUCCGUAGGGAUCCAGCCGCCGACAGACACACCAGCGCCGGACUGGCCCAACUAAAAUGGCCGUCAUGGGCAACGGUCAGCUCGCACUCGGAUCCAUCGUUUGGUUGUCAUCACGCUGGUUACAUAAGCUAAGAUCAUCACCGCAGGCAGCGGCAGAACCUCAUCGCCCUCGCUCGCUGCAGCCCACUGCCUCAUUUGGCCGACGGCGUGUGGCAGAACGGCCCUCUACGCUCGUUGCAAGUUGCAAGCUGCAAGCUGCAAGCAUUUAAGGGCCGAUGCCCAGCCAGAGGCGUGAUGCAAACAAGCCAGAUUUGAAGCACACACAUGUUCAUGUAUCGCAUCGUAACAUUGCUGACCUGCCUUGGCUGACCUCUGUCCGUCACCAUCGUCAUUGACCAUUUGCACUUUCCAUCGCUUGGGACAUGCCCCAGUAAGCCGCAGCCCAGGUGAUAAGUAGCCCAUCAUACCCAAACACCGAACCUGUCUAGACUUAGAAACCCUUCAUCUCCCACCGAGCCAACCGCCUCGACAACCCGACAUCAUGGGCAUUGUGUUCAGCGCCAUAUCACAGGCGUUUCCGCCCAAGCCCACCUUCACCGAGAAGGACAUUGGAAAUUUGAGCGGCAAGGUCUACGUCGUCACCGGUGCGAACACGGGUCUCGGGAAAGAGAUCGCCCAGAUCCUCUACUCUAAAGAUGCCAAGGUCUACUGCGCAGCCCGCUCGAGGGACAAGGCCGAAGCCGCCAUGGGCGCAAUUGAGCAGGCUUGGCCACACUCUCGCGGCAAGCUCAUUUUCCUGCCGCUAGACCUGGCCGACCUGAGCACCAUCAAGGCCUCCGCCGACGAGUUCCUCGCCAAGGAGGACAGCCUGCACGUCCUUUUCAACAAUGCCGGUGUCAUGAUGCCGCCCAGCGGCUCCAAGACAGCCCAGGGGUACGAGCUGCAGCUCGGCGUCAACAACCUGGGCACCUUCCUCUUCACCAAGCUGCUGACCCCGACCCUCGUCCGUACCGCCAGCCAGGAGGACCCCUCCUCGGUGCGCGUGGUGUGGGUGAGCUCGUCGGCCGCCGAGUCGAUCCAGGUGCCCAGCGGGGGCGUCGAUAUUUGCAACCUCGACUACCACGUCGACAAGAGCCCCUUUGAGAAGUACUGCGUCUCCAAGGCUGGUAACUACCUCCAGGGCGCCGAGUUUGCCCGGCGACACAGGGAGGAUGGCAUCGUCUCUGUUCCGCUGAAUCCUGGAAAUCUGAGCUCUGACCUCUGGCGCUCAUUCGGCAGCGGGGCGCAGAGCUUCUUGAAGAGCUUUGUCCUACACCGGCCCAUCCUGGGUGCCUACACCCAGCUCUUUGCCGCCUUCUCACCCCAGGUGUCUAUUGAGAGGUCUGGUGAAUGGGUGGUCCCUUGGGGUAGAUUUAUGAAAAUCCGCCAGCAUCUUUUGGAUGGGAGUAAGCCAAUCUCCGAAGGGGGCAAAGGCACGGCAGAGAAGUUUUGGGAGUGGAAUGAGGAGCAGGUCAGGCCGUUUUUGUAGACGAGAGAGUGGUGGAAUCGGAAUCCAAUGCCGGCUCAUCAUUCUGUCGACCUGUCAAAGUAUCUUGUUUUGUCUCGAUUAUAUAUCUCCUGGAGGAGAUGGUCGAAUGUAUUACAGAAGAUACGAUAGAUUUUAGGCUGUCCACAUUGAUCUAAAUGGCCUCACGCCUACCCCUCUGUCCUGCCGGCUGGGCCAUGAUUUAUAAUAUGUCUCUGAGUUUUCGGGAUUGAAUGUUUCAGGACCGUGGAUGAAGCCUAGAGUGCGGACCAAAUUGCAUGAGUUUUGCGCCAUCUUGUCUCCUCAAUUGCAGAAUGAACGGGUUGAUAUAUAGGUUCUGGGUUUCCAACCUCCGCGAUGAUGUUGGCAACCUUG